UUGAAAAUCCCUUACCGGAAGUCAUGGUUUUCUCUUGACCACCAUGCCACCUGUGAUGUGAGCAGGAAAACGUCCACGCCGAGGGAACUUUUUUGAACUGCAGCCAGAAAAAAACACAAUGGUAACAUUGAGUGGCUGGAAAAGGUGAAAUAUCACUAGCUUUUUAGCAAGUGGACAAAAAUGAAAAAUUGCCUCUGGUAACAACUCAGUGACAACAGGAUGGAGGUUUCCAGGAGAAGAAUCCUCCAGAAGCAUCUGGAGCCAGCCAGACCACUGCGCCGCUGCGUCCCUGCUGACACCGAGCCCAACAUAAAUGCUGCUACGUGUGCACAGGCACUGAGGGCUGAGGAGGAGCAUGAGACUCCUAUUGGAAUUGAGCAGUUCUGCAAGAUUGUUAACCUCCACAAAAAGAAAGAAGUAGCUAGAAUAUCUUACAGCAGAGAUGUUCUACUUGGUCUUUCAAGUUGUCCUGAAGCCAAGAAGAAGCCGCCAUUCUUGCCAGAGCAUCCCAUAGUCCUAAUGGAAGCUAGAGAUUUUGGGCCCCUAACGCAUCAUGAAAUGAGGUGGAAUGGAGGAAAUUAAGACAUGGUGGCAGAAAGGCUUCACUCACCUUAACACAUUUGCACAGGGGUUGAAAACCCAAAAACUGUUAUUUUUCUUUUUUCUUAUUGUUCUGGGUGAAUUUAAUUUAACAUUUCUUAUCUAUUACAUGUUUGUUCUUUUUGGAAUGAGACAGUUUGAAGUGAAAUUGUACCAAGAUAUAUGACUAAAUGCCACUUUAUUUGCCUAAGUAUAAGUACUUCAUCGUAUUUACCGUGAGAUUUUGACUAGAGUGAAGUAUUUACAUUUUGUAAAAAUGUUUUAAAAAUAUAUGAAUGGCUACUAGACCGCUGAAUAAAAUAUUGUUUGGCGAAA